AUGACAACUCCUAGGGACACUGAGGCCUCUAAAGAUGGCUCAAAGACGUUCCUUAAGUUAGUCUCAUGGAACGUAGAGGGUCUAAACACACCAAUCAAGAGGAAAAAGGCUUCCAAACCCGUCCUUAGAGGACAGAUCAUUUCCUAUGUUGCCGCCAGGAAAAGGCAACUCCGGGAGAGGAUGACAGAGGCGUCCAACCAGGUAGCCUCGACCUAUUCCCAAUUACUAGCUGACCCUUCUGAGACUAACAGGAAAUUAUAUAAAGACACCAAAUCAAUUUAUGACACUCUCUGUGCCGAACAGGCCAAACUAUUCCUCUCCUUCCAGUCCAAUAAAUACUUUCGCUGGGGUAAUCGCCCAGGGAAACUAUUAGCAAACAUGGUAAAAUCUCAUACAACACCUAAGUACAUCUCCUCAAUUAGAGACACAGACGGACCCCCCUCGACGACGCAGGACCAGAUUAGUGACACCUUCCUAACUUUCUUUGAGAAAUUAUACACUGCACCACCUGACAAUCCCAUGGCAGGCAUGGAUUUCUUGACACAGGCAAAUCUCCCCACACUCUCUGAAAGCGAUAGAGACCUACUUACCAGCCCCGUAACAGCAGCAGAAUUGGAAUUAACCAUCAAAUCCCUCCCAAACGGGAAAUCCCCAGGACCCGACGGGACAAGAGACACCGUCCAAUGUUUCUCAUGUGGUGGAUGUUUGGGGAACUGGGAAGAAGAUGACGACCCCUGGAAAGAACAUGCAAAGUGGUUUCCUGAGUGCUCAUUUCUCCGGAUCAAAAAAACUAGAGAUGAAAUUGAGCAAUACAUUUCAAGUUACUGUGGAUUUGGGGGAGUGAUGGGUUCAUCCUUCACAGAUGUUUUAAACAAACCGUUACUAUCAACAAUAGAAACAAUAAAUGGAGCAACUGAAUUUCUUGAAAUGUUGGAAACGCUGAAUAAGCAGCUCAUUGAAAGAUAUCAGGAUCCCACCUUUUAUAAGGUGUCCCCUACUGCAGAUUCCGUUUCCAUAGAUCUUACCUCACUCUUUGCAGAUAUCUCGGUUGCGUUGAAGGACACCAGAAAUCAUAUAGUGCGGCAGCUCACAUUGCCAGACAUCCUGUCAGAGCUGAGGGACAUCACUAUGAUAGAAGGAGAAGCCGGCAGUGGGAAAACAGCUCUGCUCAGGAAGAUUGCCAUUCUCUGGGCCUCAGGGAGGUGUCCUGUUCUGGGCAGGUUCAGCAUUGUGUUUUAUAUAUCUCUAUCCUCCACUGACAGCCAACAUUCUCUGAGUGACAUCAUCUGCCAGCAGCUGAUGGGAUCCACAACAUCUCUUACUGAAGAGACUAUGGGGGACAUUAUAAAGCAAUUAAAACAGAAGGUUCUGUUUCUCCUGGAUGACUAUGGUUUGAUGGACUCCACUGUAGGAUCCAUAGAAGAACUUUUGAAGAAAAACCCCUGGAACAGAGUGAGUCUAGCAGUCACAGUGAGCACUGACAAAGGUUGGAAGCUGCGCCAAAAUGCAAGAUCCAUACUGAGCAUCCAAAAAUUUCCAUUAAUGAGCACUAUUUACUUAGUCAAGAACUUGUUUUCACAUGAUAGUGAUCGCAUAGAUGCAUUUAUUUUGAAAUUGCAAACAUCAAAAAAUUUGACAGACAUUUUACAAUCACCUCUGGCCAUUUGUGCUCACUGUUCUUACUGGAUUCAAUACCCUAGUGACAAUACAAUUAGUGACAUACAUCCUUUUAAAGCAUUCUUGAAAUAUAACCAAGUAAAAUUUCCUAAUGAGUCUCAAGUAGUGGAUUCUCUGGUGUCGUCAUGUGGAGAACUUGCCCUCAAAGGUCUUUUUAAGCACCAGUUUCACUUCACAGAACAUGACCUAAGAGCAGCCGGUGUGGAAAGUGACAAGGCCAUAAAAUUUGGACUUUUGAGCAAAUUCACAGCCCAAAGGCUUCAGCCAAUAUACACGUUUUUUAACCCUUCAUUUCAAGAGUUUCUUGCCGGAAAGAGACUGAGUGAACUAUUAGAGUGCAAAAAACAGGAGGACUUGGACAACGGUUAUCACUACCUUCAUCAGAUAAAUUCUUUUCUCAAAAUCAUUGGACAGUACAGCUAUUUCCUGAGGUAUGCCAGCAGGAUUUCCACAAAGGCAACUACAAAGAUCCUGACUUAUUUAUUCAGCUUGUAUGACAGGCCUGAGGCACUGGACUGCCAUCUAGACAGUAGAGAACAUUUGCAGCAGCACCCAGAACUUGAGAUUGAUGAAGACUAUUUUAUUUUAAUACUACGUAAACACAUCCCUAUAGACAUUGAUUAUGUCCUUAUGCACCUAUUGAUGACAUUUGCCGUUGAAGUAGCAACUGAGAGCCAAUGUUUACCUGAGUGUGCCCCAAUAAUCAUGCAGUUUCUUGCUGGGAAAACGUUUGGGUUCUCUGUAAGUAUGAUCAACAAUAAUUCUGCUGAAGCUAUCCUCAGUUUCAUAGAAAAAUACCCAGAGAGUAUAAGCUUAUUGAGCAGCAUGACUAUUAACAUUGAUGCAAAGAAACAACUGCUACCACCAGACUAUUCAAAUCUAGAAAGAGCUGUUGAAAGACAUGGUGCUCCUACAGUGGAAAAUGAAUAUGCUUCUGCCUAUCAGUCACUGAAUAAAAUUAAGCAAGACAACGAGAAGAGAAAGAAUUACUGUGAUCAAGUUUAUUCAAAUUUCCCUGACAAAAUUGUAAUCAGAGACUCCAUUGUGCAUCCAUUUAUGUCACUUGGAGGCCAUAAAGUGCCAGUGUUCAAAAUAGAAGUAUCUGCAGUUGACAGUAACAACUUCUCUCAAGUAGACUGGAAAAAGUUCCAAAUCCUUUUCUCCAUAUCUGAUCGAAUUGAGCUGCUCAUGACUGAUUGCAGAGAUUUUGUCAAGCACAUUGGACCAGCAAUUGAACAGUUCUCCAAUUCUUUCAAAACUAUAAGUAUUUGUGAUUCAUAUCUGACAACAGAGGAACAAGAUUUGAUUCUUAAAAUGUCUUCUUUGGAAUGCCUGUGCAUCGGAUGCAAUGAAGGGGCAAACUAUCCAGAACGGCUGAUUCGUGGCAUACACAACUUUCCUUGCUUAAGUGAAAUAACUAUCUAUUUGCUACAAAAUCCUGAGGUGGUAGACCACAUGCCGGAUGAAUUUGAAAGACUUGGCAGAAUGAAAAAGAUUGCCUUCGGAUGCACAGGUUUUAACAGUGGAUCAGUAAAAUUUGUUCGAUUCAUCCAAAACUUUGCAGAGUUGGAGUUUCUGCACUUAUCCUUUAAAUAUUAUCCAGAUUUCAAUGGUUUGAUGAACUCGCUCACUACUUGCAAAAAGCUGAAAGAAUUGAGUUUUUUUGGAUCAGUUCUAUUGGAAAAUAAUAUGGCUCUACUAGCUGCAGCCAUGAAAAAUUUUACAUCUUUGAGAAGUCUCAAUUUGGACAGACACAGUAUAUUUGGAACUGACAUUGCAGAGUGUUUUGCUACUGCAUUGGGCUUUCUCACUCACCUGGAGAAGUUGUGGCUGCCAGUGGGAGAAGGAAUGGCUCACGCAGCCAGACUGAUUAUUGAACAGUUUCAGCAUCUUCCUAAUCUCCAGUUCCUCAAAAUGACACAGAUAUUAGAUGAUGAGAGUAUUGCACUGUUAGGAGAAAUGGCCAGAGAAGGGUGUCUGAAAAGAAUCUGCAAUCUCGAACUGAACUCCAACGACAAUGUCUCUGAAUCUGGAUGGACAACAUUUUUCGAAACAGCUGGAAACAUGCCGGAGUUAAACCUUCUGAAUAUAAUCAGAUUUUACACUAAUUCCAUAAAUUCUCAUGCUACCACAGUCACUGCCUUUGUCCGGUUUGUGUCUAGACUGCCCAGUCUGACGACAAUAUGGUUGCUGGGAUGGCUGCUGGAUAAAGAUGACCUGAAUAUGUUCAACACUAUGAAGGAGAAUCAUCCUCAGUCCAAGAGUUUAGAAAUCAUUUGGCAGAUGCCCCUGCCGUUUGAAGCAAAUAUUGAAAAAUGA